UGGACGAGGUUCAGCUGCGUGUUCUCCUGGCUGCUGACAACCGUGACUGACUUUGUACGAUAUCUGUUAUAAUCAUAGAGUACGUAUUGAGAGAUUUGCUUGGAAGGUAUUGAUUGCUGCGUGAAAAAGAGAGGGACAGAUCAGGUUAUCGUCAGAUUGUCAAGAGCUGCAGUGCUGCAGCAACCAGCCAAUUUCAUCUCGAAUACGGCAAGACACUUGAGUCUUGACUGAACACACAAUCAAAAAGGAAAGAAGGGAGAGGAAAUCAAAAUAUCAGCAAUGGCAGUCGCAAUCCAGGAUCGCACGUCCGAGUUCAGGUCGUGCGUGGCGGCCGUAUCGAGGAUAAACAACUCGACCGCAUCAGCAGCCCGAAGCCAGCUUCUGGCACCAACCUCGCCUCCACCGCUCGGUGGUGGCAGCAGUGGUGGAAACGCGAUUCAGACCCGGGGUCAGAGGACAGAGUUUGCGAUGCGGGCGGCGAGUAUCAGCAAGGAUAUCAACAGCGCGAUGAGUAAACUCCAGAGAUUGGCGCAAUUGGCAAAGCGAAAGACAUUGUUUGACGACAAGCCGGUUGAGAUUGCGCAGCUGACGUAUGUGAUCAAGCAAGACCUCGCAAAGAUCAACACGAGCAUCUCCGAGCUGCAAACGUUUGUGAAAACGGGCAAGAAGCACUGGGGUCGGAAGGGCGAGAGCCAGGUGGACGAGCACUCUGAAAACGUCGUUGUGCUGCUGCAGGGGAAACUUACUGAUGUUACUGCUGGGUUCCGUGAGGUUUUGGAAGUUCGCACAAAGAAUAUUCAAGCUUCGAAAUCGCGGACAGAGCAGUUCAUCUCGUCGAGCUCUGCCGCGGUUAAAGAUCCCAACUUCCAAACUGCAUCUCCACUAUACUCGCAAGCAAACGGUGGCGGCGCGAGCAGUUUAGAAAACCCAUAUGGAGCUACGGGUGAUCCUGACAAUCCGUACGGGUCCAAGAACACGGAUGGAGAGUAUCUGACGGUACCGGACCAGCAGCAGAGUCUGAUGCUGCUGGAAGAGCAGCAAGAUACGUAUAUCAGUGAGCGGAAUACGGCGAUUGAAGCUAUCGAGAGUACUAUCCACGAGCUUGGAGGUAUCUUUUCGCAGCUGGCGACGAUGGUGGCCGAGCAGCGCGAGGUUGUGCAGAGGAUCGAUGCGGAUACUGAGGAUAUCGCAAUCAACAUAUCAGGAGCCCAGCGGGAGCUGCUAAAGUACUUUGCGACAGUGUCGAGCAACCGGUGGCUGAUGAUGAAGGUGUUUGGCAUAGUUAUCCUUUUCUUUUUACUUUGGGUGUUGGUGAGCUGAGCAGGUGGUUUUGUUAUUAGUAAGCUGAAUGCAGAUUAUUACAUACUCACAGG